AUGGCAAGCCGACAAGCCGCCACCAUCGAACCAUUUACACCAUUCCACUACCCGGUCGGCGACCACGUCACCCUAGCGGCGGCGAUCGACAACACUAUGCGCCUCGGCGGCGCCGCCUCGACCCUACACAAGAAGGGGCAGAUGCCUCGCAUCUCGACGGCGCUUGUCGACGCCACGCUUAGGCUCGGGCCUGGACCGGGCACGGAGGAGGGCUACGAGGCAACAAUUGCGAGCAUGGCGGUCUGGCUCGGGCUCUCAACAGCCACUGCGGAGCGGGCCCAGGAGGUGUUCAGGAAGAUGGAGGGGGCGUGGUCGGGGUUCCGGGGCUGGUCCAAGGUCCGGAGCACUGAGCCACUGUACGCGGCCUGCCUCUCCAUCGCCUGCCGCAGCGAGGGCUCGCCGCGGUCGCUCAAGGAGCUGGCCUCGGCGACGGCCGAACGCGGCGCAGCGGCAAGGGUGGAGAUCUCCAGGCUGGCCAAGCACAUCAGGAGGCGGCUCGGGGAGGAGGCCGCCGGCCGGGCGACGGGCGUCGGAGUGGUGCGCGCGUCCGGCUACAUGCGUCGCUUCUGUCAGCUGGUCGGCAUGGGGGACGGGGAGGCGACGGCGGCGAUGGAGGCGGCGCGGCGGCUGGAGGAGAGCGAUCUGGAGGUGGUGCCGCACAACGGCGAGUCCGUUGCGGCAGGCGUCGUCUGCUUCGCCCUCGAGCGCGCCGGCGCCGAAAGGCCCGACGUCCUCUGGGCCGUAGCGGCGGCCACCGGCGUCUCCACGGCCACCAUCAACAAUGUUUGCAGGAAGCUGCGCCCGCACGCCGAGCUGCUCUUUGGCUGA